CUGGUUCCAAACGAACCCUUUCCCUGAUUCAUCGAUCCCGCGCUGCUGCUACUACCUCUUUCAUUCGAAUUAGACAAAACCUAACCUCUACCCCUCUCUCUCGCUCUCUCUCUCUCACCGUUUUCUCGACUCAGAUGUCUCAGCCCAUCUCAGUAGACAUUCUUUCCGAUGACGACGAUGAUCAAAACGAACCAGAAAACGAUCCCCUCUCAACUCCAUUUCCAAUUCAAUCAAAGAGGCAAAGGACUGAACCACCCUUUUCAAACCCUACAGUUCUCCUCAUUGAUGACGACCACCCAACCCCUCUCAAGCGGCCCUCCUUCGUACCCGAAACCCCAAUCUCUCCUUUCUCCAAUUCCGAUGUAGCCAUUGUUAAGUGCAUCAAAGCCCCCUCUGCUCCCCACAAGUUUUCUGGAGUCAGUGGAUUAAUAUGUUUGGAGUCUGACAAUGAGUCUGAAAAUAGUUCCGGGAAGGGAAAUUGGAAGCAUGAUGAGACAUUGGGUAUUGCUUUUGAUGUGGUAAACAAUUCAGAAUUUAGCUCCAGACUCAUUGGAUCUGCAUUUUCUCUUGGUACGGAAGAAGGAUUACCAGGGCAUGAGAAUUUAACACAAAUGUCUGGGGAGAGUUCUUUGCAUCUAAUGUCUUCUAAAGAUGUUAUCCCCCAGGUAAAUGAUAUUCUUGAUGAAGAAAUUGAUAGACUGGAGUCAACGGGGAAUCUUUUGAGACAGAAUAGUAGAAGUAAGGUCAGUGCAGAUAUGGAAAAAAAUGUGGAUGGAGGAAACGGAAAAAAGAGGAUGACAAAGGAAGAAAAAAUUCGCUUAAAGGAAGAAAAGAAACAACUGAGAGAACAAGAGAAGUUGCAAAAAGCAGCUAUGAAAGCUGAGGCUGCAGAGCUGAAAAAAUUACAAAAAGAAAAGCAAAAGUGGGAGAAGGGGAAGUUUGCUUUAAAAUCUGUUGUGGCUGAAAUUGAUACUAAAGUAGUUGAACUGGGGUCGGUUGGAGGACACCUACUUACAAGGUUUGCGGAGAAAGGUCUUACAUUCCGGAUAACACCAAAUCCAAUUGAAAGAUCUAUAUUGUGGAAUAUGUCUGUUCCUGAAGAAAUUUCACAGCUUCCCUCUGAUGGAUUCGAUAUUCAAUAUGUAUUAAUUGUAUUUGAAGCCGAAGAGUUUUGCAACCUUGUUACAAAUGAAUCUCUUCUCAUGGAUCAUGUUUCCAGUGUUCGAAGCCGUUAUCCAUCUCAUACAAUUUGCUAUCUCACUAAUAGGCUGAUGGCAUAUAUCAAUAAAAGGGAACAAGGACAGUACAAGAACCCUGCAAAUUGUAGCAGAUGGAGGCGCCCGCCUGUUGAGGAGGUGCUAUCGAAAUUAGCCACUCAUUUUUUUAGGGUACAUUCAAGACUCUGCGUAGAUGAAGCUGAAUUAGCUGAACAUGUUGUAGGUUUGACUUGCAGCUUGGCCUCUUGCCAAUUCAGAAAGAAGUUAACACGUCUAUCUGUAAAUUCCAAUGGUUCCCUUAUCCCCAAGGAUUGCAUCGACAGGAAUCUAAUAAAAAAAAGCAUGUGGUUAAAGGCAUUGGUUGCUAUCCCAAAGGUACAACCACGUUUUGCUAUUGCUAUCUCGAAGAGAUACCCUACAAUGAAAUCCCUUUUGACUGUUUACAUGGAUCCAAAUAAAUCGGUGCAUGAGAAAGAAUUUUUGCUCAAGGACUUGAUAAUAGAAGGGUUACUUGGUGAGGAUAGAAGACUGGGGGAGGUUUGCUCAAAGAGAGUUUACAGAAUAUUAAUGGCACAAUGUGGAAGCAUUAAAACUGAUGAUGUCGAGGAUGGUGCUGAUUUCUUUCGACAUUCGACUUGAAUGACUACUCUUCACUGUACUUCUUGGUGAUCACUUCUAAGUGGAUGAUAAAAGAGCAUGAUGAUGCCCUCUUGAUUUUUUUUUAAUUUUUUUUUUCCCUGUAGCAUAGGAUACAUUUUGAGUACGACGACUUACUAAUUGAAAUUGAUAUAUGCAUUGUAUCAAAUAGCUUCAAAA